UGAUGCUGUCUAUUUUGGGAAACAAAUUGGGUGCAUAUCAGUUGUAGUUUGUUUGAUUUAUUUUUAUACAGUUGUAUGCAGUACUAUAAAUUAUUAUAAUCAACAUCCUUUUAAUUUAUUCCCUCGUUACAAUCAUCCUGUUUGUCCACCAUUCAUAACUCUCCCAUGAUCUAUUUUGUACAUGUUGCUGUCUCAGACCUUGCUUUAGUUGUAUGGCAGCUGCAGACAUGACUAUCAGACUAAAGGAUCUAAACUGUGACUCACAAUCUUAAACAUGUCACUGUCCUCACAGAGUACUGUUUAAAUUUCAGUGAAUAAAUUAAGCUUUUUAUUUCAAUAAAAGUAUUUUCAGGAGACUUACAUUCCAGAAAGGUUAGAUUCUUACUGAUUUUGUGAUAUGGAUGGGUUUGUUGUAACCGUUCUAAUUUGGUGUUGUAGACACAAUGAGGAGAGGUACUCUUGACCGUGUGUUUUAUUUCAGGUCACUGCCUCUUAGGACACUCAGGACAGGGCGAUGGCAGGUCUCUGCCUCUCUGAGGACACUCGGGACAGGGCGGUGGGCCUUUUCUCUAAACCAUGUUCUGGAACAAUCCAUACCCAGAUACAGCAAUACAUGCACGUUUGUCAGUAACACUACACAACAUUUUCAGUAGAAAGAAACCACUGAAAUUGUUUGCUUUCUAAUAAUUGUACAAUUCCGUAACUGAUCAUUUUGUAAAUUAAUGUCUCCGUCAGUCAUGUUUUAAAUGCUUGUUGAAAACCCACUAAAUAAUUUACAAAGUAAUUUUGUUGUAUGAGGUGAGACUAGAACAGCAUUUGAUAUUGGGUAAAUCAUAUGCACAAUCAUUUAGAUUCACGUGGUAUAGCCGUAGCCCCAGCAGUAUGUCUUGUCUCAGGCAGCAAGUAGAUGGCGUCUGACUACAACACAACCAAUACAGUGAUAGCUGAGUCACACAACUAGGUCCUACUGUGGCAACAGUAGCCUACAGAAACUGGUGUAGAGCCCUUUAGCGUCUGGCAAUUAUCGGGAAUCGUCUUGAAGAUGCUGUCGAUAACGUUGAAGACUCUUCAGCAGCAAACGUUUAAAAUAGAAAUAGAUCCAGAACUAACGGUAAAAGCCCUGAAGGAGAAGAUUGAGACUGAAAAAGGGAAGGAUGGCUAUCCAGCCACAGGGCAAAAGUUAAUCUACGCAGGCAAAAUCUUGAAUGAUGACAUACCUCUAAAAGACUACAGAAUUGAUGAGAACAACUUUCUGGUGGUCAUGGUUACAAAGCCCAAACCUCCAGCUACUCCACAGAUUUCUCCCCUGGCAGCCCCAGCCUCUACCCCUGCUUCUGCCCUUGCACCUCCUGCUGUUUCUGGGCUGUCCCUCUCUGACAUUGCCCGACCUACCUCAUCCCCUGCCCCCAUGGAGAUCUCCACCCUGUCCCCUACAUCCACACCUGCCCCUGCCUCAAGCCUCACACAAGCAGUGGAGUUCUUCACACCCCCUGCACCAGCCCCUGCUUCUAUUCCCCCUGCAGCCCUGGGGACGAGUGCAGCCCCAGCUGCAGCAGCAUCCUCCCACUCAGAGGUCAAGCCUGAGGGGGAGCACCCUGAACAGCCCUUUGCUACACCACCAGCCCUCUCCUCCUCCAGCCUUGUUGAUGACUUAAGUCUCCUGGAAGAAGCAGCGUCAAUACUGGUGACAGGACAGGCAUAUGAGAAUCUAGUGUCUGAAAUCAUGUCUAUGGGAUAUGAAAGGGAGCAGGUUAUUGCGGCGCUGCGAGCCAGUUACAACAACCCAGACAGAGCCGUGGAGUACCUGCUAAUGGGGAUUCCAGCCGAGGCUGACCUUCUGCCACCGGAGGCGUUCCUACACACAGCUCUGGCCAACCUCAACCCCACUGCCCCUGCUCCUGCCCCAGCCCCUGCUCCAGCCACAGAUAGAGCCCAGCCCCCACCAGCAGCCACGACAGGCACAGUGUCUUCAACCCAGCAGCCCCCCUCACCUGGUGGGCUGACUGGUGGGCUUACUGGUGGUACUGGUGGAAGUACUGGGGGUGAGAACCCCCUGGAGUUUUUGAGGAACCAGCCACAGUUCCAGCAGAUGAGACAGGUCAUCCAGCAGAACCCAGCUCUCCUUCCUGCCCUGCUCCAGCAGCUAGGCAGAGACAACCCCCAGCUGCUGCAGCAAAUUACCCAGCACCAGGAGCGGUUUGUGCAGAUGCUGAACGAGCCCCAAGGAGGAGAGAUGGUAGAGGAGGGAGUUCAGUCCCAGGGGGCGCCACAGACUAACUACAUCCAGGUCACCCCACAAGAGAAGGAGGCCAUCGAGAGGUUAAAAGCCUUGGGAUUUCCAGAGGGACUUGUCAUUCAAGCAUAUUUCGCAUGUGAGAAGAACGAGAAUUUAGCUGCUAAUUUCCUGCUCCAACAAACAUUUGAUGACGAGUGAAUGUGCAUGCGUCAGCAUGAAGGGGAAGAAUGGAGGGCUAGAGAACGAGUGAUAGUGCUACAAAAUGUGAUUUGGAAGGAAGGAGUGGAAAAGGUUACCAAAAGUGACUUGUCAUUGGACAAAGACGUGAUGUUUAGUUACUGUAAGCUAUGCCUUCUCCAUUCUCUCUGAGUAUGUUGGCUCUCAGUGGUCUCUCUUGCUCACUGGUGCUAUUACUGCUGCUAUCACUGCUGCUAUUACUGCUGCUAUCACUGCUGCUAUUACUGCUGCUAUCACUGCUGCUAUUACUGCUGCUAUUACUGCUGCUAUCACUGCGACCAUUGCUGCUAUUACUGCUGCUAUUACUGCUGCUAUUACUACUGCUAUCACUGCUGCUAUUACUACUGCUAUCACUGCUGCUAUUACUGCUGCUAUUACAGCUGCUAUUACUGCUGCUAUUACUGCUGCUGUCACUACUGCUAUCACUGCUGCUAUAACUGCUGCUAUCACUACUGUAUUACUACUGCUAUUACUGCUGCUAUCACUGCUGUAUUACUACUGCUAUCACUGCUGCUAUCACUGCUGCUAUUACUACUGCUAUUACUGCUGCUAUCACUGCUGUAUUACUACUGCUAUCACUGCUGCUAUCACUGCUGCUAUUACUGCUGCUAUCACUGCUCCUGUCACUGCUGCUAUUACUGCUGCUAUCACUGCUGCUAUCACUGCUGCUAUUACUGCUGCUAUUACUGCUGCUAUCACUGCUGCUAUUACUGCUGCUAUCACUGCUGCUAUUACUGCGGCUAUCACUGCUGCUAUCACUGCUGCUAUUACUGCUGCUAUCACUGCUGCUAUCACUGCUGCUAUCACUGCUCCUGUCACUGCUGCUAUUACUGCUGCUAUCACUGCUGCUAUCACUGCUGCUAUUACUGCUGCUAUCACUGCUGCUAUCACUGCUGCUAUUACUGCUGCUAUCACUGCUGUUAUCACUGCUGCUAUUACUGCUGCUAUCACUGCUGCUAUUACUGCUGCUAUCACUGCUGCUAUCACUGCUGCUAUUACUGCUGCUAUCACUGCUGCUAUCACUGCUGCUAUUACUGCUGCUAUCACUGCUGCUAUCACUGCUGCUAUUACUGCGGCUAUCACUGCUGGCUAUCACUGCUGCUAUCACUGCUGCUAUCACUGCUGCUAUUACUGCUGCUAUCACUGCUGCUAUCCCUGCUGCUAUUACUGCUGUUAUCACUGCUGCUUGUGCCGGUUCCAUCCAGAGUUACAGUGGAUGUUUGCCUCAUCAUAUAUUGCUUUUCAACCUCUCUUAAAGGAAACCCCAAACAUACUUUGAUUUGUGUUUGCUAUGUGGGCCUCAUCUCUUGGGAGAAUAUACUUGAGUUUCCCGUGAUAAAGUGACAAAACCAGCAAAAUGGCCAUGGAACUUGUUUAUUGUUUGUUUUUUCAUAUAAAGGUAACUCAGAUAUUUUGUAAAUUAAAUGUCAUAUCAAUGUUGGAAAGUUACUUUGGCACUUUAUUUUACUUUUACAGAAUUAAUGUUUCUAUUGUUUAUGUAUAAUCAUUUGUGUAAAAGAUAAGGAAGUUAUGUUAUUGAUAAGUGUCAUCAUAUUGAAAUGUGAUAACACUGUAAGAUGAGACAUAAUGAGAAAUCCUGGAUUUGGUUCCAGAUGUGUCCCAGUGUAGUUUCACUGUAAGAUGAGACAUGAUGAGUAAUCCUGGAUUUCAGAUCAAAUAAAUUCAAAGUUUAUUUGUCACGUGUGCCGAAUACAACCUUAGAGUGAAAUGCUUAGUUACAGGCCCUAACCAACAGUGUAGAAAAUAGGUAUUAGGUUAACAAUAGAUAAGUAAGGAAAUACAAAACAACAAUGAAAGGCAGUGAAUAAUAACAGUAGUGAGGCUAUAACAGCAGUGAGGCUAUAUACAGGCACCGGUUAGUCAGGCUGAUUGAGGUAGUAUGUACAUGUAGGUAUGGUUAAAGUGACUAUGCAAGUAUGAUGAACAGAGAGUAGCAGUAGCGAAAAAGAGGGGUUGGCGGGUGGCGGGACACAAUGCAGAUAGUCCCGGUAGCCAAUGUGCGGGGGCCCCGGUUAGUCGGGCUAAUUGAGGUAGUAUGUACAUGAAUGUAUAGUUAAAGUGACUAUGCAUAUAUGGUAAACAGAGUAGCAGCAGUGGUUCCAGAUGUGUCCCAGUAUAGUUUCACUGUAGGAUGAGACAUGAUGAGUAAUCCUGGAUUUGGUUCCAGAUGUGUCCCAGUGUAGUUUCACUGUAAGGUACCAUAUGACUGCACUAAAUGCAGUUUGAGCAACAUAGUUGUUUUUUACAAAUACUUGCUCAACACUUGAAAGCUAGUUCUAAUGAUAAGCUGUAGACCACACUAUUUACCAAGAGAGUUUUCAUCUAUAUUUUGAUUUGAUUUUUAGUUUGAGCUGAAUGCCAUUUGAGCCAUGUCCCUUUGUUAUUAUUUCAUAAGCAUGUUAUGCACAUCUGAUUCUGUUCUCCCUGAACUAUUUCUUGUGUGUUUUGAUUGCCCCUGAUCCUUAAUGUAUCAUGUCAAAAUAAAUCAUGCUGUACGUUUUUUUUAUCCACUCUA